UUUGUCUUGUAAUUUGAUUUUUUUAAAGAAAACUCUGUUUUUAGGCCAUGCCGGUCGACGUAGAUAAUUAUUCCACCGUCUCCGGCGACACUUGCGGCUCUUCCUCCGGUAACCAAAAUCCACCUCCCAAAUUCACCAUCAAGAAGAAACGUAGUCUUCCUGGAAUGCCAGAUCCAGAUGCAGAGGUGAUUGCUUUAUCUCCAAAGACUCUCAUGGCCACGAACCGGUUUGUUUGUGAAAUCUGCAACAAAGGGUUUCAAAGGGACCAAAAUCUUCAGCUUCAUAGAAGAGGUCAUAAUUUACCAUGGAAGCUUAGGCAGAGAUCCAGUAAGGAAGUGAUGAAGAGGGUUUAUGUUUGUCCCGAGCCAACUUGUGUGCAUCACGAUCCGACGAGAGCUUUAGGCGAUCUUACGGGAAUUAAGAAACAUUUCUGCAGAAAACAUGGAGAAAAGAAGUGGAAAUGCGAUAAAUGUUCUAAGAAAUAUGCUGUUCAAUCGGAUUGGAAAGCUCACUCUAAGAUUUGUGGUACUCGAGAGUACAAAUGUGAUUGUGGUACCCUGUUUUCCAGGAGAGAUAGUUUCAUCACGCACAGAGCUUUUUGUGAUGCGUUAGCUGAUGAGAGUGGUAAAGCUCAAACGGAUCCCAGUUCUGAACCUGACCCGAAAGUCCUGGUUGUGGAAUCAUCACCAUCACCAGCCCUUCAGCCUGCACCGCCUCCGGUUUCGGCUCCAGCACCAGUAGAGGUUCAGGUUUCAGCACCAGCUCUGCCUCAGUCAACAAGUGCAAUGACUUCGGUUAUGCCAAUCCAAAGUUCUGAGUUGGCUGUAGAUCCGAAUUCUAUCGUGGAAGAAGCUCCGGCUCCGGCACAAGCUGGCUUAAAUGGAAGUUGUAGCAGUGGUGUCAGCUCAGUUAGCAAUGGUAGUAGCUGCAGCAGCAGUGUAUUUGCAAGCUUAUUUGCAUCCUCUACUGCAUCUGCGAGCUUAACACCUCCACAACCUCGGGCUUUCACCGACUUAAUUCGAGCAAUGGGUCCACCUGAGUGUCCUGCUGACCUUGCUCCAUCUACAUCCAUUGAACCAAUUUCUCUAUGCCUCUCAACCAGCCAUGGCUCAUCGAUAUUCGGAAAUGCAGGGCAAGAGCGCCAGCAGUAUGUACCGCCCCCACAACCUGCUAUGUCGGCCACAGCCCUACUGCAGAAAGCUGCUCAGAUGGGAGCAGCUGCAAGUAAUGCAUCCUUGCUUCGUGGUCUCGGUGUUGUUUCAUCAUCUUCAUCAGCGCAGCAAGAAAAUUUGCAAUGGGGUAAGAGACAAGUUGAGCCCAACAAUGCCUCUGUUGCAGCAGGGCUUGGACUCGGGCUUCCUUGUGAUAGAAGUUCGGUAUUAAAGGAAUUGAUGAUGGGAACCCCUGUAUUCGGUCCAAAGCAAACUACACUUGAUUUUCUCGGAUUAGGGGUGGCUGCCAGUGGCAGCCCCAACGGUGGCCUGUCAGCUCUAUUUACCUCUAUUGGAGGUGGACUUGACGUGGAUGCAGCGGCAGCAUUGUUUGGAGGUGGAGAUUUCAAGGACGUCAUAAGGAGAUCAUGACUUGGGAAACUAUACAUUGCACAGGCUACAGUGUUACAGAAGAAAACAAUGGCGAUAUGUAAUUUUAGAUAUGGAAUUGCCGUGGUAGAGGUUAGCAUCAAGCCAUCAAAGAGGCCGUUGGGGAUCCUUCUUUGUUCUGCUGCUUAUCAGGACAAAAACGGCUUCCUUGUGGUAUAAGCUAAAACUCAAGAACCAGAUGUAAUAGGAUACUGGAUGUAUAGGAGCUUGUAUCAAGCUUGAGGGAAACAUCAGCAAAACAGCAAUCUUUCCUAGUCAACAAUGGGAUGGCAAAGUUGCUGUAAAUGGAAGGAUUUUGGAUGAUUCUGAUGUGGUUAUUUGGCGUGGAUUAAGGUUCCACUUGUAAUUGUGUUUAUUUUAUUUGCAAUUAAUUUAUAUUUGUCUGUUUUAUUUA